GUAAAAUUGUCCAAGAGCGAUGAGCUCACAUCCGGUCUUGUUCUGGAAAGAGUACUGUGUUGCAAUCGACAGUCCUCCAAAUAUUGCUCAGAAAAGGACUUUUAUUUAAUAUUAUGGACAGARAUUACUACGAAGCYAUUCCAGAAACCYCCAGCAAUACCCAAGCGACAAGAACUGAACAGAAUUCCACCUCUCCAAAACAAAAGAUGAGCAUCAAUGACCCAAAUGCUGAUGAUUUAACUGUAACAGAAUCUACUCCGAUCCUUAACAACCGGGAAGAUCAUGGACGCCGUGGGACAAUACUAUCAUCAAUUUUUACACUUGUCUCCACAAUGAUUGGUGGAGGAGUGCUGUCACUUCCCUUUGCUUUCCAACAAGGCGGCUUUUUUAUGACUUCGUUAAUACUGAUAUUUGUCCUUAUGGCCUCGACUCAUGGUGGUUUUCUAAUCAUAAAUAGCAAGAAAUAUUGUCAAGGAAGAAUUAAAAAUGUUGAGGAUGUAGGGAGAAUUGCUUUUGGUUAUAAAGGAGAGGUCCUCACACAACUUGUUCUUAUYGUGACAUUGUUUCUCUGUGCUGUUGCUUACUGGAUUCUAAUUACAGAYCAGUUACAGCCCAUCUUUAUCUUAACUUGUGGUCAGCAUUCAUUCUGGUCUCAGAAGAUYGUGGUUCUCACAAUACCUGUACUUGUAAUAUUCCCUAUAACAUUACUAAAAAGCAUGAGUGCUUUGAAGUUCACUUCAUUCUUAAGUGUUAUAUGUGUAAUGUUCCUGGCUGGUGCUGUCAUACAUCAAUCAAUUGCCUCRGACAUCGGUGGACCCGUCGACAAACCUCAAAACCCCGUCAAAUGGUGGCCUACRGACUUGGGAGGUGUGCUUACCUCCGUGGCUAUAACCUCACUCACGUUUGCUUGUCACUUCAACAUUCUUCCCAUGCACAGCGAACUGCGUUAUCAAACGAGAACCAAUAAGCGAAUUAUCCUGUACUCCGCUAUGGGAAUUACUUACUGCUUGAAUGUCCUUGUAAGCUUUUUUGGUUUUAUGCAGUUUCGUAACUUUGUAGACCAGGACAUCACAAGGAACUUCGCACACGAUAAUAUUGUUAUUACUGUCGGAAGGUGCGCCUUGGCGUUCACUYUGCUACUCAGCUUUCCUCUGCUGAUCUUUCCUUGUCGAGACAUCGUUAAUAGACUUAUCUGGAAAGAACAUUCAUCACCAGURCUUGUCACAUCUAAUUCAAUAUCACGUACAAUGAGCUUCAUAUCAAAUCCCGUCUUGACUGGUCCUUCACGCGUCGUCUGGUUCAUCGAAACUGUAUUCUUUGUGUUUGUUAGCUAUGUCUUGGCCUAUUAUAUACCUCAGGUUGCAAUGGUUUGGGGAUUCGUAGGCGCAAUUGGUACGACAUURACAAUAUUCAUCCUACCUCCUGCAUUUUACCUUCGWGUAAGAUUACAUCCGGCACGACCAGACCUCAAACAGAUAGCGGCCUGGUGCCUAAUGAUAGUGGGUGUUAUACUUUUAAUAGUGUGCACAUAUCAGUCUAUAAUGAACGUUAUACAACCUAUCACCAAGGCAACACCACCUGCAAAAACUCAUCAUCAUCAUCAUCAUAAUGCUACCUAUAACUUACUGGACAAUAGUACAGAUAUUUCUGCGUUAUUUUAAUAUUACCCUAUGGUAUUUUAACUUUUUAUUUCAAUAUUUUAUUAUAUUUUUUUAAAAUUUUUAACUUAAGAAAUGUUGUUGGGUUGAAAAGGUUACGUCAUCCAAGGUAAGACCGAAAGGCAGCAUGGGUAACGUCGAACCAAAAAGGAAAUGAAUGGUACCGAAUGGCAGCAUGGGAAGACUUAUACGCAUUGUAUCUUCUUAUAGAGAUUUGGCUUGUGUUUCCCUCCGGUUUUAGCUUCGAUGGUGUAACCUUGAACAAACCCGACAACUUUUUUAAUCAAAUGUAUCCUUAGCUUAAAAAGACUGAAGAGUAAUWAGAAAAUUAUUUACCUUUUAACACGGCCACUCUGGCUUUUUUCAYAAGAAUUUUCAGUAUAGAUUGCAACAGUUGAAAAAUCACUGUCAGCAAUAUUUUAUUUCACGAUCUACACUCUGAGGUUUUACAACUAGAGUGCAAACAAUAUCAUGAAAACUUCAGAAAUUAAAUAGUGCUAGAUUACUAAAUUAUACGAAUUCCUUUGUUUUCUAUUGUCUAAUCUACACUAUAUUAAGCUAUUUAGCACUAUUUGGUUAUUAUUUUUUCUCACGCUUUUAGUUUUGUAGAUUUUAGAUGUGUAGAUUUUUAGAGGGUAUUUUACAACCUUUUCAAGAUCAGCUAUAUAGGAAUAUCAAUUAUAAAGUAUAUUAUUAUCAUCAUUAGUAUUAUUAUUAUUUUAUUAUAUUAUUAUUAUUAUUAAAUCUAUAUUAGCGCAUAAUUAUGUAGAGUUGUUCUCACAAACCCGUGAAAUACAUUGGUCCCUCUAUUAUUCGACCACCCAUCGGUCAGUCUUUGUUACGCGACCUCAAUCUUCCUCUACUCAAGCUCUAUUUCAGCGGAUAGCCUCUAUUAACCCGACCAAUUCCGACUGCUUAAUAGAUCAGAGUUCUAUUUAACUCUUUUACCUCUUUCUUCCUUUUUAUUUUGUAUCAGUGACAACUUCCACAAAUGUGGUUAUUUAAUUUAACUUCGAUAUUUAUUCAUUUUAAUAAAUGUGUUUAAUCAAGGGCUGUGAAUCAUGAAAUAAAUUUUUAAUGAGUGUUUUGAUUCACGGGUUUGAGAAGACGUCUAUAUUAUAAUUGUAUUUAUUAAAUAUUAUCUGUGGUUUCCA